AUGCUGGCAGAACUUUCCGUAGCUUCAUUUCGCAUCAUUGGAAGAAUUUUCACGUUGCUAUAUUCACCGGCAAGCGGUGAAAACCCCGUGCACAGCAAUCGGUGCGGUUACCUGGCAGUGUCGGUGGGUGCACUUUUGCUGAUGGUGUUGACCUGUUCUGCCAUAGCCAAUGCACUGGCUGAGCCCGUGGCUGAGAAAGACUGUCGGUCAGCCCCUUUUGCGCUGCAGGUUCUGGGGUCUGGUGGGCCUAUUGCGGACGAUGCCCGCUCGUCCAGCGGAUACCUUGUCUGGAUCAACGGAAAGGCACGAGUGUUGGUGGAUGCCGGUAGCGGAACGUUUAUCCGCUUCGGUCAGGCCGGCGCCACUUUCAAAGAUUUGGAUCUCAUCGCGCUCAGUCAUUUCCAUGCUGAUCACGCAGCGGCGCUCCCGGCGCUGCUAAAAAGUGGGUAUUUCUCUGAUCGCCGGCGGCCGUUGGCUAUAGCCGGCCCCUCAGCUGGUGGACCCUUUCCGUCUUUGAAACAAUUCCUGACCCGGUUGCUGGAUCGCGAUCACGGUGCCUUCAGCUAUCUGGCUGGCUAUCUGGACGGCAGCGCCGGUCUGGCUCAACUGCUGCCGAUGACUGUGGAAAUGGGCUCAAGCGACAUCACUGAAGUCUAUAAGGAUGAUUUGUUGUUGGUGACUGCGCUUGCGGUGCCCCAUGGCAUUGUUCCCGCAGUGGCUUAUGCCAUUCACUCCGAAGGGAAAACCAUUGUGCUUGGCUCCGAUCAGAAUGGCAGCAACCCCGAGUUUGUUCGUCUCGCGAAGAAUGCUGAUCUUCUGCUACUGCAUGCGGUUAUUCCCCAGGACGCGGGUCGGGCAGCCAGAGCACUGCACGCAACGCCCAGCCGGUUGGCGGACAUUGCCCGUGCCGCAAACCCUGCUCAGGUAGUGCUCAGUCACUGGAUGGCCAGAAGUCUGAACGUGCACGAUAAGAUUCUGGCGGCGGUUCGAGCCGGCUACGACGGGCCGGUGGCCGCAGCCGAAGACCUCGCUUGUUACUCGCUGUCUGGCCGACCUGCUGUACAAUAG